GACGUGACGUAGGCCCGGCUUCUCUCACGUCAUUACGUAAGCACCCACAACAAAGAUGGCGGACGAUCACACAGACGCGGAUCAGCCCAUGGAGACGCACACUCCAGUCUCGGAGAACCCUCACGCAGACUUCGGGCUCACAGACAGCCUGCAGAGGGCGCUGGACGGGGAAAAGUCUGGGGAGAAGAAACAGAAGGUGGACCUCCAGGCGCUGCCCACUCGAGCCUACCUGGACCAGACCGUCGUGCCCAUCCUGCUCCAGGGCCUGUCCGUGCUGGCCAAGGAGAGACCUCCAAACCCCAUCGAAUACUUGGCCACGUUUUUGCUGAAGAAUAAAUCUCAGUUUGAAGACCGAAACUGAACAUCCGCCUGGAAAUCUCCCGCUGUAGUCCUUUUGUCUUUAAUUUUUUUUACCGUCUGUAAAAUAAAAUAGUUUCCCAAUGUCCACA